AGAAAAAUUCAUAGCCCAAAAUCUCUACCGGCUCGAUAAGGCCAUCAGAAUACUCUUCUACCCAUGUAACUAUCGUUCACACUCUCAAGAACUGCAUUUUGCCCUGUUCGGAGAAGAAGCGACCAUGUACGCCAAUGCGUUAUCUCACUGUCUUUUCCAUAUCUCUGUUCUUCCUUCCUCAAAGAAAUCGACUUUCUCCAGUUCCUCUUCUCUUCCCUUAGUUUCUCCGACUUCUCGCCGCGCUCCGCUGCCUAGCUUCUCUCUCGAAAACUUCGUCGCCAGAUUCCCUUCCCCGCUUAAUUGCCGUAUCCGAUAUUUCAUAACAGCCGCUGCAAGCUCUAGCUCUGAGGAAGGCGAAGCGGCGUUAGAGGAAGCAGCUGAAAAUAGCGAGAACCCGGCUGAUGGCACGGAAGGCGCGGUUGCGGUGGCGGAGGAGAAGCCUCCCAGGAAACCUAGAAUCAAGCUUGGAGACAUUAUUGGGAUUUUGAACAAGAGGGCUAUUGAGGCAUCGGAGAAGCAAAGGCCAGUGCCAGACCUCAGGACUGGAGAUAUUGUGGAGAUUAAAUUGGAAGUACCAGAGAAUAAGAGGCGGCUUUCUGUUUACAAGGGCAUAAUCAUUUCAAAGCAAAAUGCAGGAAUUCACACAACUAUUCGUAUUAGAAGAAUUAUUGCAGGCAUUGGUGUUGAGAUUGUUUUCCCUAUCUAUUCGCCUAACAUUAAGGAGAUCAAAGUUGUUAAGCACAGGAAGGUCAGAAGAGCGAGGCUCUAUUACUUGAGGGACAAGCUGCCUCGCUUUUCAACAUUCAAGUGAUAAUCUUAUUAAACUUUCAUUUGUAAUUUUCAAUUUAUGUCAUUGUUUUUUUCAGUCUGGCUACCAUCUAAUGCCUGCUGCAUUUAAGCUGUGUUUUCUGAGGAAUGAAAUGACUGAUUAUGUCUGUUUGUCUGUUUAUAUUGUGUUGAUGAAGUCAGUGGCAAUGUUGAUAUAGAUAU